AUGGGGUCCUUCCGCUGCCGUCGGGGACAGGCCUCGACCUCCUGGAGGGCGCAGUGCGAGGAGGGAGCCUUGCGGUCAUGUCUGCUCUCCUUGCGGUUGACAGCCUCCUCUCGCAGGAGGGGCGACCGGAGCAUGGUGGGGACUCUGAUCAAAGUGGGUGUGCCCCUGGAGUGCCGUCCUAGGCUCGGCAACCCACCUUUGGCCACUGCGGUUGCAAGUGACGGGGCCUUGGGGAUCGCCCGUGACCUUUUGGAUGCCGGGGCCGACGUGAACAAAAGCAAUGCCGGGUACGGUGUCUUGCCAUACAUGGAAGACAUGAUGGACCUUCUUCCGGCUGCCGGAGCUGAUCUUGGAAAGGAGCGGGCGGCCACCUCCCCACUCCAUGCUGCGGCGCAAUGCGACUGCUGCGGAGCAAUACAACGUCUGAUAUCGGCUGGCGCAAGCGUGCACCAGUUGAAUUCUGGAGGCCGUUCCGCGCUGCACAUGGCGUGUCUGCACAAAUGUGAGGGUGCCGUCAAGUUACUACUGCGGUACAACACUUGCAUGACCUUGCUUUGCGACAAAGGUCUAUCACCGUUCGAUGUGGUUGCCAUCGCGGUUCUCAACAGGCGAGAAAACUACGGAUUUUAUCCCCAAGGGUAUUCCCCUAGUGGACGUAGUCCGUCCACAUCAAACGCCGACGAGACCUAUGUUGCUGACCACAUUCACGACCUAUUGAGGAGGACCAGUGGAUGGAGACGCCGCGGUUGCCGUCCAGGCGGCGUCAGCCGAGAAGAUUCGGUUUUGGGAGGGGCUCAGUUCUCGUGA